GUUCAUUUGGGUUUCGUAUUUCAGGUGGGCCAUAUAAUGCAACGAAAUGUAUGAGAACUGACACAUAUCGAUCACUUAAAGUAUGGAGCCUUGGCAUUUGAAAAGGAGCUGCGUUCUGAUUCUGCUUUGCCACGUAAGCUUUGCUGUAUCAUGGUUCGCUGAACCCGCCAAAAAGAGUUUUUCAGAUGAUGAAAAGGACUGGUUAGGAAUCCAGGAUUGUCUCUGUCAAGUAUCUGGAGGACUAGGAGACUGUGGAUGUGACGUCGAAAGCAUCGACUCGUACAAUUCUAGACUUAUCUAUCCAGCUCUUCGCGAGUUGACAUAUAGGGAUUAUUUCAAGUUCUUCAAAAUCAACCUAAAUAAAAAAUGCGAGUUCUGGCCUGACGAUGGUGCUUGUGUCCUGCGAGAUUGUGCCGUUGAAACUUGUCCAGACGAUAAACUCCCUCCUCAAUUUUUGAAUCCUGGAAAUAAUGAUGGAGCCAAUAGCAUUCCAAACGAUAGCUCAGAUAGAAGUACAAAAAGCGAGACACCGUGUCCCUCUGAUAAACAGAAAGAAAAACAAGCCAUUGAUGACGCAGAAGCAUUGGGUAGUAUUGACGGUACAAUAACAGAAAAAAUGUUGAAAGAAUUCGUUGUGUGGGAGCGUCACGAUGAGCUGAAUGAUAGCUUCUGUUACUUGGAGAAUGAGACGGACCCCGAAGCUUACUAUGUGGACCUAACUCUAAAUCCAGAAAGGUACACUGGGUAUGCUGGAUCAAGUGCGCAUCGAGUGUGGAAUUCGAUUUAUGGUGAAAACUGUUUCAAGUCUGAAUCACUGCAUUUACAAACUGAACCAGCUACUCCAAAGUCUAACUCUCUAAAGGAACUCGAAACUCAAAAGUUUACUGAGAUUCUCAAUUCAUAUACGAUGGCUGGUGUUUGUACUGAAAAGCGAGUCUUCUAUCGACUAAUUUCUGGGUUGCAUGCUAGUAUAAGCGUUCACUUGGCUGCUAAAUAUCUACAGAAAGGGCCUUUUGGCGAACUUAGCUUCGGUCACAAUUUUACAGAAUUCAGACAAAGAUUUGACCCCGCUUUGAGUAACAAUGAAGGACCACAAAGGCUGAAGAAUAUUUAUUUUCUUUAUUUGGUAGAAAUGAAAGCCAUACUGAAAGCGGUGCCAGUUUUGUCUAAUUUGAGGUACUUUACGAACGUUAUUGAAACAGACGCAGAAACGAAAACAUUGAUAAAGUCAUUGCUAGAUAGUGUUGUGAAGUUUCCGAAGCAUUUUGACGAACAGACGCUUUUUCGCGAUAAAGAAGUGCAAUCUUUGAAAGAAGUGUACAAAACGCAGUUCAGAAAUAUUUCCAGAAUCAUGGAUUGCGUUGGAUGCGAUAAAUGUAAACUUUGGGGCAAGAUACAAGUUCAAGGCCUGGGAACUGCUUUGAAGAUUUUGUUUUCGGAUAUUACAAGGGAACCCAAAAUAAAUGGAACUGCGCCAAUUUUAAGCCGAACGGAAAUCGUGGCCUUAUUCAACGCAUUUGCCCAGCUUUCAGAAAGCAUUUGGCAUAUUCAGGAAUUUAGAGAAUUGGCAACUGCUCGUUUUAAGCAUUCCGAACUGUAAACUUGUUUUGCCUGUAAUAAAUUUAUGCGUGCCAUUUUGCUUGGAAAAGGAGCUUAGCGUCGCUAUUGAAAAGUUUUAUUAAUUGUUGUUUAUAUGUGUAUGAAAUAUUCAUAUCAAAAAUUAGAUUUUUUAUUAGUUUGAAUUGUAUGUUAAUUAAAUGUUUUUCUUUUA